UUUAUAGUAUUUGCCCCUGCUUUAAAAAAAAGUUAAAAAACUAAAAAGGGGCGGAUUUUGACAAACAUCUAGAUCUAUUUCCUCAUUUUUCCUGUAAUUUCCAGUGUUGUUUGGAGUUUGGACUUUUGUUACAAAAUGAGUAAAUCAAAUAGAGCUACUGCCUCGGCUACUGCAGAUGAGAUUGUUGAUGAACCUUAUCUGUAUAUUUCUCCACUAGAAGAGACAGGGGACGACUACCCGGACUUAAGGUGUUUGGUGUCUAAUAUUCAGGGAAAAAAUGAGGAUCAACCAAGAAGAAGCUUACCGGUUUUUGGAGAUUUUGGGUCAUGCGAUGAGAGGGAAGAAUUCACAUUAACUCCCAAGGUGUUAACGAAUCACCUUUUGAACCCAUCAAUUAAAGUAAAGAUUUCUCCAAUGCUAUUGAUCACUGGUGGCCUACCAAACAGCUCAAAAACUACAGCAUUAAGAUGCCUGGUUAGAAAUGUCGAUGUGCCAGUCACUGGUCUAAAAGAAGGAGAUGCCAUUGGAUUCUGUGAAAUAUUUGCUGCUCGAAAUUUAAUUUCAAAUAGCAUUUUACUGGCACCUCCAGAUCGGAACAAAGGGUAUCCAUCAGUAUUAUAUGCAGGCGUGGAAAGCAUGAUUCGUUCUAGUGGUAAAAAGCUAAGGGAUCUUAACAUUCAUAUUUUUCCUGCAAAAGAGUUUUCUCUAUUCCAAGAUCCAGGCCUUAACAGACACCUUGAAGAAGUUAUGACAGAUUUAAGUAAUCAUGAUCAGCAGAAAAAAAUUAGAUUAUCAAAGUGGGAUCAAACUCUCACAUGCGGUUUAGCUCUAAUCAAUGUUUGGGAUCUUGGCCUCAAUAAAAUUCCAACAUAUCUCCUCUCUCAUCUUGCUGGUCACUUGUAUAAUAGCCAUGUUUGGCUAUUCCUUGAUCUGUUGCGGGAUGCUGAGCAUCUUUAUGAAGUUCCUGAAAUUCCACCUAAUCAUCCUGAUGUUUUACGUAAUGACAAAGAUCUGAUAAUGAAGUGGCGCUCACGUAUUCGAUAUUUCCUUUCUUUUGCUCGACUUGCUUCAAAGAAAAAUGACACACGCUACAAAAAAUUCUGUAGCAUAAUAGCUACUCUCAGAAGACCUACUGAAACUGAAAAUAAAAAAAGCCGAUUAACAGAAGUUGUGCAUGCAGUUUCUAAGCAGUUAAAAAUCAAUGAGCUCAUUGAUAUUGAAAAUAUUUAUGAAUUUCAAACCUUUGACGAAAUGAGAGGUCUUGAGUCUCUUAAGACACUUCUUAAUAGUUGGAUCACAGAUGAGCUCAAGCAGGCCCAAGAUGUUCCACUUUCUUAUAUAUUCCUUCGUGGCAUGCUGCUAGGUAACAAAAAGCUUUACAUCAAAAGAUCAGUACUGCAAAAAAUAUCGGAAGAGCUCAGUAUGUGUCCUGAUAUGUUUCAAGAGUUUUGUCGCCUAUUUACGUCCUUUGGUAGUAUUAUUGAUGUAAGUUUAAUUGAUUCCAAAUCUGAAUGGAUUAUCUCGCAGCCAAUUCAAUUUUUGAAUAUGUUAGAUAAGCUAUUUUACUACAAUGGGGAUGAUGAAUUGGUCACAAAGUAUGGUUUGGUCACAGCUGUGACCUCAGAGCAAAUUUUUGGAACAUACAGUCCUGUUUUUAUGUCGUUUCUUGAAUCAUUUAACAUGGCCAUUAAAUUGUCAAACAAGGAAGUUGAUUUGACAUUGGAAGGUAGUUCCCCUAUCUAUUACAUACCCAAUGUAUGCACAAACCUUCCUGAUUUACAAUGCACUCCUGUAUCACUUCACUUAGUUCAAGAAAUGAACACAUCAUUGCCACACUUUCGAAUUUUGUUUAUCUUAAAAUUCUUAGAAUAUCAGCCUCAUAUCCAGAUUCAUCAUGCUGCAAUGGAAUCAACACAUAUCAAUGUUACCACAUUUACUUCACAUUCAAAUCUACUUUUUGAACUUGUUUACCUUGGUGAUAUUACAGAAUUUCGAUUUCCAAGCAUUCACCAUUCACAUGAAGACAUGACUAAAAUAUGUGGGUGCGUCAUUCAGGCAUGUCAUGAUGUCAUGUCCAAGCAAAGCAGCAUCAAGUAUAACUUUGCCAUCAUGUGUUCCGGUGAUGAGGGAUCAAAUCCUUGCAAAGUUCAAACUUAUCGUCAUUCACUUCCAUUUAUUAGCAGCUGUAAGAAGUGCUCUAGUGGUCUCUCUGAUAAAGAUAAUGCAAAAAUUGCUAUGUUUAAUGCUGAAAUUAAAAAAAAUCGAGUUCCUGAUGAACAAAUGCUCAAUGGAGAGUCAUUCACACUAGAAGAUGCUGCUAAUAUUGCUGAAAGAUUGUCACAUCUUUCUCCUGAAGUAGCUAAAGUUGUUUAUAAAGAAUUUAAAUCUACUGAUGAUGAUUUUGAAGAGGAAACAGGUUGGAAGUUGUUCAUGAGAAUGAUACUGGACUGGGAGAAGAAUAAUAAGGAUUCAAAAAGAGAGUUUGUUUUAAAAUUAUCAUCUAUUGCAGAAAAUCUAAAAUCUGAUGCAGAUUCAUUAAUUGAUCUUUCCAGUAAUCAUUUAAGAGGAUCAUACUUAUCAAGAAAGUGAUAAAAAAAGGAUUUGCUGCACAUCUUAAUUAAAAAUAAUUAUAUCUAUCAUUAAUCUAUUAUAGUCUAC